AUGACCGUAGAAAGCUGGAACCUUUGGGAAUCGAUUGAGACCCUAGCUCCAAUAUUAGAUGAGUGGACGGCUGCUGCAAAAGACGUCGCUAAUUGGGAAACAGGAAAUUGGGACCAAACCUGUGGAGGAAACCCACAAGAUACAUCGGACCACUCGAUAGCGACAACUUCAGUAGCUCCGACAGCAGACGAUGACAUUGGUGGAAUGCUUUGUUAUGCAGACGUCGCCAAUCAGGAAACGGGAAGUUGGGCCCAAAACUGCUAUGGAGGAAACCCACAAGAUUCAUCGGACCACUCGAUAGCGAAAGCUUCAACAGUUCCGAAAAACGAUGACAUUGUCUUUGGACGCGGCUCUGGGAACCAUUAUCAUCCCGGAAAUGUGAUGCUUCGCACAGCAGUCGAGAUGCGAUUGGACCAUCACAGCACACUAACAAAAACAGGAAAAAGCAAAUUGAUCUGUGAGUUGAUUGAAACUCUACGGUCUCGAGGCGUCCGAUUCCUCAGACGAGACAAAAAGGAUCAAAAACUCUGGGUUGAGGUGGAAGAAGACGAAAUCAAGAAAAAAGUAUCCCAUUGCUUUCGAACGGUGAAGUCAAAGAUAAAUGGAAGUAGAGAAGCAAGGAAGAAGCUGGCGAAGAAGCCAAGCAAGGGAAACAGGCAAGCAUGCAACGGGAAUACACAAGCUGUUGCAUGGAAUGGAAAUACACAAGCUGUUGCAUGGAAUGGAAAUACACAAGCUGUUGCAGUAUAA